AUAUAUAUAUAUAUAUAUAUAUAUUUUUUGGUGGUGGUAAUUUUUUCUGCUGGGAUACUGACCGCCAACUCAAAUAUAGCACUGGGGUGACAGAAUUGUUCCUGCUGAAAAGGUUCUUUCGUGUGAGCAUACCAGCAUGUCCUUGUUUUAUUUAUGUUUUUGGUUUUGUCUGAAUUCAUUCCAUUUGAAAUGGCAGUAGAAUAAUGCUCAUAACUAAUCUUUUCCUAAUGUCUCAGUUCACUCUGAAAGUAUUGGAAUGGCAAGGCCAGUUCUUUUGUUUUUACUAUACAUUUAAGAUAUUUGGGUUUGAGAGCAAAAGAUGAAUGGGACGAUAGAUGAGAAUUUCAGCUUUCAUUUCCUAAUAUUUUUCCUGAUAUCUAGAUGUGUUAAACAACUUGGAACAUGACACAUUUUGUUUGAACCUACCCAAUUUUCAAGUGAUCAGAAAUAUUGGAACUUUUUUGGUGACUGACUGGCCUUUCUUGUUGCCCAGGUAUGCCCUGUUUGAUUGAUUGUUUAAAGAAUUACUAGCUCUGCAUUUCUGCUCUUGGUUUGAACCGUGGGUUUUGCCUGUGAAGACUGCAUUGUUGUAAAAAAGAAUAAAUAAACUUGAAGAUAGAAGCAGAAUGAAUUCAGAAGUCUACGGAGACAUUUUCUUUGCCAGUUUACAGAGAAAUGCAUCCAAAUUAAUUUGGAGGAACUUCAUCAUGCAGCAAGACAAUGAUCCAAAACACACUGCCAGUACAACAAAGGACUUCAUCACGGGGAAAUAGUGGAAGGUUUUAGACUAGCCAAAUCAAUCACCAGACCUUAACCCAAUUGAGCAUGCAUUUCACCUCUUGAAGAGCAGACUGAUGGGAGAAACCUUCCAAAACAAACAACAAUUGUAGGAAGCUUCUAUAAGCCUGCAACACAGUUUGUGAUGUCAGUGGGUCACCAGCUUGAUGCAGUUAUUACAAGCAAGGGAUAUGCAACCAAAUAUUAAGUGUUACUUUCUUCAACUAUCUGUUCUAAUACAUUUGCCCAAAUUGGUCUGCUACCAAAUAUGCCAUGUUCUAAGUUGUUUAACACAUCUAGAUAUAAAGAUCAGGAAAUAGAAGCUGAAAUUCUGAUCUAUUGUCUAAUAUGAAUCUUUUGAUCUAAAGCCCAAAUGUCUCCAGUGUAUAACAAAAACAAAAAAUUGCUUUCGGAGAGAAAUGCAUGUUCAGGUUAAUCCAAUUUUUAGACUAAAUCUUCAAAUAGGUUUUAUCUGCCCAGGUUAUGCUGAUGUAUUUGGAUACAGUCUCACAUUACACCUCCACAAAGGCACACUUAUACUUUCUACACUAUAUGGCCAAAUGUUUCUGGACAUCUAACUAAUCACAUCCAUAUGUGAUUUUUGACCAUAUCAUUCCAGAAUUAAUCCCAACCUUUUGCUGCUAUAAUAUUCUCCAUUCUUCUGGGAAGGCCUUCACUAGAUUUUGGAGUGGGGCUUUGUGCUCAUGCAACCACAAAAGAAUUAGUGAUAUCAGGCGAAAAGGCCUGGCAUGCAGUCAGCACUCCAGUUCAUCCCAAUGGUGUUCAUUGGGGUUGGAAGUUAGGACGCUCAAGUUCUUCCAUACCAAUCUUGACAAACCAUGUUUUUAUGGACCUCUCUUUGUGCACAGGUGCAUUGUCAUGCAGGAACAGGUUUGGGCCUCUUUUGUUCCAGUGAAAGAAAUAUUCUUAAUUGCUACAGCAUACAUUGCCAUUCUAGAUGAUUGUGUGCUUCAAACUUUUUGGAAACAGUUGGGGGAAAGUUCACAUAUGGAUGUGAAGGUCAGGUGUCCACAUAUUAUUGGCCAUAUAGUGUAUUUAUACUGUAAUGGCAUUACUUACUAAAUACUUUUUUUUAUUAUUUUUUUUAUUGGAACUACUUAUGCUGGGAUUUGUGUCUCUAGAAUUGACUCUCAUUGAAAUUUCCAUGGAAACUUAGUCAAUGAAAAUCUUUAUGCCAUCCUCAAUAAUUCCUUUAAUCCCACAAUCCUUGGAUUAAGGACCAAAACGAAAAGGCCUACUGGCACCUGGACAUGAAGCAUUAUGCCACUAAGAAGAGUAUGGCCCAGAGCAUGCUUGACAUAGCUCUACUGAUGGCCAAUUCCUCUCAGCUAAAGACUGCACUGCAGGAGGGGCCUGAGUACCAAUACCAUCUCAUUGUACUCAUCAUUCUGUCCAUCACACUCCAGGUCAUUGUUGGCCGCCUUCUGAUCUUCAUUGUGAAACAUGACCUGAAUGAUGAAAGGAAGCAACCUAAACUGAACAUGUUAAACAAUGUGGCUACAGUUUUCGUCUUCACUAUUCUCCUCGUCAAUGUCCUCAUCACUGCCUUGGGGUCUGAAUCUGGUCGGUGAUGGUGCACAAUUAUUGUUUUUAAACUAAAGUAUUAGUUUGAAGACUAUUUAUUGGACAAUGUUGGUUAUCUGUUCAGGUAAAUUAUAUGCAUUUGUUUAGUUAUUAUUAGUGGAAUGUAGACAGGAUUUUAGCAGCUCAUAAACUGGGUUAACUACUGUAUCCCCAUAUUACACUGCUUACCUGUUGUAGUGUAUUUACAUUUAGCUAAAAUGUUACCUUUGUUCACUUUCAGGAAUAAUCCAAUGAUCGAUGCUGCAAGUCCUCAGAUGGACUCUCCAAGGGAUGACUAUUUUACAUUCAUACAUUAUAUGCAGCUGAUUGGAAGGAUGGUGGCCAUUUAGACAUGCAAGGAAAUUCAGAACAAAUUUGAAAGUGUUAGUUAUUUAGGUUGCUAUAGAUACAAUGGUAGGCAAAGAGAACAAAUGGUACAUGUUUUGGACACAACUUUAUUUUAUAAUAGCCUGUUACUUAUUUUCUUAAAUUCAACAAUGCUCUUUUUAUAUAAAAUUUUGGCUAUUAAUAGGCUGGUGAACAACAACCAUAUAAUUUGGAUACAUAUGAAUUAAAAAGCAAAAAAAUAAAACAAAUGCACAACACGCAUCAGCCAUGUUAAUGUAAAACUACACUGCCCUCCAGUAAUAUUGGCACCCUUGGUAAAUAUGAGCAAAGAAGGGUGUGAAAAUUUGUCUAUUGUUUAAUCUUUUGAUAAAAAAACAUUCACAAAAAUACUGUGCUCUCAUGGAUAUCAAACAUUUGCAAAUGCAAAACAGGUUUAUCCUAAAAUAUCUUUGUUAAAUAUAGGUGUGCAACAAUUAUUGGCACCCCUAUGAAUUCUUAUGAGAAAAACAUAUUUGAAGUAUGUAUGUUUUUUAGUCCACCUGGGUGAUUAGGAACAAGAAAUUGUUCAACCAUGACUUCUUGUUUCACAGG